UCAUAUGCAGCAGGCAUCUGUAAUGGUCAAAAGAUCAGGGCCAAAAUGUCUUCCCAGCUGACGGAAGACUUUGAAGAGAGUCAGCAGAGAUUUAAGGAGCUGAUCCAAAAAGUAAAAGACUGGCGUCUCAGGGAACAGCUGAGGGCCAACUUGGAUCAAUACACAAGUGUCUUGUUGAAUGGAGUGGAUGGCCUCAAAAAGAACGUCCUGAAGGUCACCAAUGAGUGCGCACUGGAGAGGGCAGAGAGGGAGUCGCUCAGGGAGGAGAGGGAUGAGCUGCAGAAGGAAGUCGUGCAAAUUAAACUGCAGCUUCAUCUGGAAAAGGCUUUUCACGUAGAGAGGCAGCUGAUGGAGCCAGCGCAGGACAAAGAAAACAAAGACUUGUCUGCAAAUGUGUUUCAACCCAGCACCUUAACCAUGGGAAAUAAACACUCUGAUGAACUGUGGCAGCGUCACAUGCGCGAGAGGGCAGAGUUCCUUGCCAAAGCUGAGCGGGACCGAGUGCUGACACCAGUGGAGAAAAAAGAGAAGGCCUAUUUUAAAGAGCUGGAUGAGGUACAGCUAUGUUACCACGCCACGAAGCAAACUUUUAAGCAUAAUUUAGAAAAACUUAAGGAAGAAAUUGCCCAGAAGGAAAACAGGAACAGAGAACUGGACCUUCAACGUGGUGAUCACGAGAUGAAGCAGAAGCUGAAGGCAGCCAAAUCUCGUGUGCUGUUCCUCUCUCUAAAAGUGCAAGAGCUUGAACAACUGCUAACUCGCUACGAGAGCGCGGUGCACACAAAAUUGUCCGGCAGGUGGAGCUCAGAGUUAGAAAGUAUCCCCAGUGCCCCCAGUGAUUCUCUCCAACUCAAAACAUACAGAGAGAAAAACAUGUCCAAGAAACGGAAAUUUCUCCGGAACAUACAGCCGUGGAACUGGGGUAAAAAAUAGAUUAUAAUCUGUUCCUGGUCAUCCUACACAGCUAUGAAGUUGGUCAGCGCCGUUUGCUCAGCAGUGGACGCUUCACUUGGCUGAUUCAACCUGCGAACCAGUUUAAUUAUUCACCUGGUCAAUUUAUUUUGUUUAUGGUGAUCUUUAAAGUAAAUGACAACCAGCACGUUGGCCUCACUCUGUCAUGUGGUUAGAGCAUGUGGUUUCUACUCUCCCCUUUUGGAAGUAGAUUCUUUAACCAUUAAUUUGUUCUUUCUUUCUGAAUGGAAUCUUUUUAACCGUAUGCGACAAACAUAACACAAACUAAACACGCAACACGCAGUGACUGUACAAAAACUGUCUGCUUGCCAAACAUACAACCUUUUUUAAAUAUAUUUCUCAUGUGUGAGCAACAGUCAGGAGAUUGAAAGUGUGUGUGUGUUUACCCUCCUAGCCACGAACAUGAGUGGCACCUGCUGUCAAGUCGGAUUUUGUUGUCUGAGGUACCAGGUCUUUGACUGCUAUUAAAACAAAGAAAGAAAGAGAUACCAGACAUCACUCCAAGAACAACAAAUGUGGAGAUCUCUGACGCUGCCUCCUUUCGCUAUACCUAUCUGUCUCCUGCUCGACUUACCUCAACCCUCCCCCACCUUAUGAUCUCUAUUUGGAUAUGACAACAGAUGAAUCUAGCAGUGUCACAGAUGGAGUCAAAGCCCAACCCAUUUAAGGCGAUUAAGUAUUAUGGAACAGAUUUUCUUCCUUCCUUCUUUCUUUCCUUUCUUUCUGGGGCUUUCAACAACCCUUCCUCAUAACCUCUGUCAUCAGACCGGCAGUCAGCAACGGCAUAGAUGUUGCAGGGAAACACAAAGCGGUUCAAUCCUGAUGAUUAAGGAUCAGCUGAUUAGGCCCUUGCUGUGUAAUCUUAAAUAAUGUAAAAAAAAAAAAAGAUGGAGAAGGGAUUUAAAAUCACUUGCUUAAAAACCGUAGAAGUGAUUUUCCUUUACAAUGGCGUCUGGUGAAGCUCUGGCUAAUCAGCUUUAUGCCACAGAAAAGCCACCAAAUAUAUGAGAGCCUUUUGUACUCCAGUGAUAAUAUAAGUGAGGCAACGCGCUGUCUUUUCUCAACACAAACCAGCUCCACCCUGCCUCUCCCUCCUUCAAUCCCUUGCUCUCCUUCUUCCCUCCCUUCUUCUGUUAUUGGUUUCCACAACAUCUUUUUUUCUACCACCGCCGCUGCUGUGGAGGAAACUCUUGUUUAGUUAAUUUGUCUGCGGGUAAUUUGACUGCAAUGUGUAUCAAAGACGAUUGAUCGAGUCGAAUCGAGACUAUUGACUCCUCCUGUGCCAAAACACAUUCAUUCAUCGCCCUGCUGCCGACUUCUGUCUCCUUUCAUCAGCUAGCAAACACUCUGACACUGACACACCAUGAGUGGUGGAGGGGAGGGAGGAGAAGGUGAGGCCACGGUUUGCUAUUUGACUGUGGUGUGAUGUUUUCUACCACAUUUGCCCUAUUAAUCUAUGCUGAAGCUCAGACAGGAUCAUCAAAUCUCUUGAGAAAGAACUGAAAUGUAAUCAACGCUACCUUUAAUGUUUUCACAUCAUAGUCAAGUCACAAAGGUUUACUUGCAAAAGUAUGUGUUUUUGGUGUUUUUAGUCUUGGUCAAAUACCUAAUGUACAUAGCAAGUUUAUUAUUAAAAGUAAAUCUUAAUGAAGUACU